CUAGCAACUUGCAAAGUCUUGCAUCAGUUUUGAGUAAGAUAUAAUGAAUUUUACGGAAUGCAGGCAACGCAGCUGCAAAUUAUGAAAGCGAAAGUUAUGAAAACACCCUGUAAAGAAUGUUUUAUGUGAACGGAACAGACAUAAGAGCCCUUCGGUAACCAUAUACAGUCAGAAACUGUUCAGGGUUCCUUUAAUUUCGUGGUUUCCGAUCGCUCUGUCUCGUUCAUUCGCUUCUUUUGGAAAAGACUGUUUACACUCUGACCUGGAUCAUUUGACUCCCAUCAUCAUCUCCCCUCAUGGUCUAAGUGUGGUCCAGCACCAGAAUGUCCCAGCAUGCUUUGCUCUCUGCGGGGGCCAAGGCAUGGCGUUCCAUCCCCUGCUUACGCUCCGAGCUUCGGCUGGAUUUAACACUGGGAUGUGGACAAACUUUCAGAUGGCGUGAAACAGGGGAAGACCACUGGACAGGAGUGAUGGGGGGACGAGUGUGGACACUUACUCAGACAGAGGACACUUUAUGGUACCAUGUCUACAGGUGCCAAGGAAAUCCAGAGCUAGACAAUGGACAGAAAAGGAAAGCAGGGUUGGGGCCACAGUGCUCUGGAAAGAAGUUAAAAGGAGUGAAGGACGUGAAGGGGGAAGACGAUGAGCUGGAUCUUGACACUGUGAGCUCUGAGCAGGAGAAGAAAGAGGAGACGCUUCUGAGAGACUAUUUCCAGUUGAGCGUUAAACUAGUAGACCUGUACAAAGAGUGGAGCGGUACAGAUCAACACUUCAACCACACGGGCAACAUCUUCACAGGUGUGCGGAUGUUGCGUCAGGACCCUGUAGAGUGUCUCUUCUCCUUCAUCUGCAGCUCUAAUAAUCACAUCUCACGGAUUCAGGGCAUGGUAGAGCGACUCUGUAGCACACUGGGGACGCCGCUCUGCACACUGGAUGACACACACUAUCACAAUUUCCCCUCCAUACAGGCUCUGGCAGACAGUAAGGUGGAGGCUUGUCUGCGGGAUUUAGGCUUUGGCUACCGUGCUCGUUUCAUGCAGCAGAGUGCGAACCUCAUUAUGAGCUCCCAUGGUCCUGACUGGCUCCAUAACCUCCGCAGCGUCCCCUACCUGCAGGCCAGGGAAGCUCUCCGGACACUCCCUGGUGUUGGCCUCAAGGUGGCUGACUGUGUGUGUUUGAUGUCGCUGGAUAAGUCUGAAGCUGUCCCUGUGGACACACACGUGUGGCAGAUUGCUAAGCGGGACUAUAGCUGUGCUGCAGGAAACGGACAGAAGACUCUGACUGAUAAGGUCUACAAUGAGAUUGGGGAGUUCUUCAGAAAGUUGUGGGGUCCCUAUGCUGGCUGGGCCCACUCUGUGCUAUUCUGUGCUGAUCUAAAGAAGUUCCAGAAUUUGAAAGAAGUGGCCAUAAAAGAAGAAAAAGGGGAAAAAAUUGAUAAAAACAGAAAGACAAGCAGUAAGAAGAAAAAGAUGAUUAAAAAGGAAGAAGAGGGAGGAGAGUGAUGUCAGUAGUCAGCUGUACUCUUUUGCUGCUUACUCCUUCGCUGUCUGUGUUGGAUGGACAUCGUAGCAGUUUUCUGUUGAGCAGAAGAAACACUCAGGAAUGAAUUCAAGCUUUUUUGUAUUUCUGUCCAUAUUUGUGAUAAAGUGUUUUAUUCUUUUUAGUAGAGGUUUUAGCUGAUCCUGAAGAUGUCUCAGAAUCCAGCCUCUGUCACUGAUCUGUCCACUGUGUCCUUUGUUUUUAAAGGGUUUUCUUCUGAAAGUGAACAUUGCCUUAACAUCCUUUAUGUCGGUGAAUAUUUCUGUAACCAUUAAUGAUAAAAUUGUAUAUAAAACUGUUGCGUUGGUUCCCUCAGAGAAGCAAUUCCAAAGCUUUAAUUUUUCCAACAAAGAAAGCAGUUCAAAGUGCACUAAAGAAAAUGAUAUAAAAUGACCAAAAUAUUCACCAAACAGCACAAGUUAAUUUAAUAUUCCUUUAAUAUAAAAAGUAAUAAGUAAAACAAUUUAAAGACAUCAGCGCAAUGAGGAAAAAUGUGAAGGACAUAAAGUAACUUCCAGAAUGUGCACUAGGUGGCGAUAAAGAUCAAACAAAUGGCCUCUGCCUGGUCCAUGUAACACCAACCAUAUUUUUUUGAUUGAUCACUGUUCAAACAUUGCCUUCUUUUAUGUACUUUUGCAGCAUAGCAGCAGACUUUUACAGGAAACAAACUGCUGAUUAAUAUGUGACUUUCACUGUCAAAAUAACUCCAUGAUUCUCUGAACUAAAUUCAGUAUACUGGGAACUGAUACUGACUCUCCUUCAGCAGAGCAGAUUCAGGUGAGAGUGGGGAAAAACAAUAAAUGUAUCAAGGAAUUAUAGUAAAUUAGGCAUUGAUUCAUUUUUGCGAGCAAAUUAAUGUACAUCAGACAGGUGCCUUUUUAAUUGCUUUGUGCCUGAGCACUUACAGAUUAUUCUUAACAGAAUUACAUUUAGCAGUAUAUAUAGUGGAAA